CCUACGUUCUUCACGUUCUCUCGCCGUUGAUCGGCCGCCACUCUCUUUUCUUGCCCUUUAGCAGCAGCGUUUAUCACGACCCAACCUUAUACCUCCUUCGUUUUCGCCGCGACCUGAUUAUUCCUCAUCUUCCAUCAUGUCUUUCUAUCCCUCCGAUCCGACCUCCCCAAAUGUCCUGUUCGCCCGCUCUCUUCUGUCCUUCAGAAGUUGUGUGUCAUGUCCUACCACCUCCCCAUCCUGCCCCACUUGCGAUGAUGGCUACACCUGUACUAUGACCAGUCAAUCAUGUACCGCUUGCGCAAGCACAAAAUGUGUCAAGUCCCCAACGUCGGGCGACAGCUCGAGCUCCAACAAUUCUGGUGGAGGAGGCAGUGACGCUGGAGCGAUUGCAGGAGGAGUGAUUGGUGGUCUUGCAUUCGUCGCCAUUGUCACGUUUCUUGUGUGGUGGUUCUUCAUCCGAAAGAAGCGCCAGGAGCAGGAAGCUAGUGUGGGAGAGAAGUCGAGUGCCUUCAACGAUGCUGCACAGUCGAGAAAAUCGACGCACUCCAUUGCCUCCACUGUCUUAACGCGCGCCUCGAAUGUGAUUCAAAUCGCCUAUAUUCCCGGUGUCACCAACCGCUCACCCCCCGAAACGCCAGGUCACCUUGUGCCGCCGGUUCCUCCGCUGCCGGGCGCUCACCCCGAUCAGCACUUCUUCAUGCCUGGCGACCUUCGCGACUCGACCUGGUCUGAAAUGUCGAACGAACGCCGUAGCAUUGCUCCCAGCUUGCGCAGCAGUGUGGCCACCACUAUCUACCGCAACAAUGCCAUUGUCAGCCCGAUGCCUGCUCAACAGGUCAUGCGCACGAAAGCCGCCGUGGUCAACAUCAACGGUGCCGAUGCCCCGGCUGUCCCGGCCAUCACGCAAGCACAGCUCACCAAGGCUGGCAUCACCACGGCCAAUAGCAACAGCUCGAUUGUCGCCCGAACGGUUACUGCGAAGCCGGUUAUGGUGAGGGGUCCUUCGAAGAAAAAGAAGACCAACAAUGCCUCGGCAUCUCCGGGCGUCCAGACCAUUGACGAGCAACCGGAGACUUCCAGUGCGGCGGUUUCAAGCUCGCCUAGCACCAAGGGAAAGGACGAGUCACCCACAUCGGGUUUUGACGCCAAUUCCUCGGACGAAGAGGACACCGCCAAACAGUCUACGAAGGCACCAACCAACCAAGCUGAGACAGCCAAGGACGAGACACAAUCACGACCUACUACCGUGAUCGAAGACUCGCCGGCCGUCAGCCAAAGCCCUUUUAAGGACCAGCCCGCGACCGAAAGGGAUGCACGAGCGUCCUCUCUGCUUGAGAUGCCCGAGGGCACGCGGUCCAACCGAAGCAGUCGACACCUCCCGCCGCGCGUCGAGAGUCCAUUCUCUGACGCCAAUGAGGUGAAAUGAUUGUUUAUCCUUUAUUCUUUUGAAACACAUCAUGUGGUUGGCGACAGGCGCAAGUGAUGGGCUGUGGCCCAGGGAUG